AUGUCUAUCGAACAAUUCAUCCGGCAAGUCGAUCUCCCUCGGCUCGGCUCAGGCUUGGUAUUGCUGUUUCUGGCGGCCUUUUACUCGCCGGUCAUGUUGCUGGUGCUGUCGCCGGUGUAUGGCUCCCUUCCGUCGCACAUCUUCCACGGCUACGGCGUGGCAAUCUUCGCCGGUGCUGGUUGGUUCCUGAAAGAUCAGAUCAUGAAGCGCGUUGGUCGUAUAGCCGCGUACAUGCUUCCUGUCCUGGCUUUCUGGGUGCCGACUUUGCAGUACUUCCUAAUGCAACAGAGCUCCAAGCUGGGUAACCCGGCCGGCCCUGUCAUCACGGAGCUAUUCGGUUACUUCCCUUUGAUCACACUUACUGUGGCCAUUGCUGGAAAGCAAAUCCAGUACGCCCUACACCUGGAGGCCCAGGGUGACCUGGUGGUUGAGCAUGUGCCCCUUUUGGCCUCAUAUGCCAUUUACUCCCUUGGCGAGCACAUUGCGAAGGCCAUCCUGUCUUAUGCGAUCGGUUUUACCGUUUUCUUCACCCGCGCUGGUCUUCAAUUUGUUAUUGCGGCUCUUUACGCUGCGGUUAUUCCCUCCAAGAUGCUUCUUCUGGCCAUUCCGUCUAUCCUUUUCUCUCUGACUUCGGAUGUCCACUUUGGCGGAAUCAACGGUGUCAACUCUGCCAUCCGUCACGAGGGCUAUUCGCUCAUUGAGCGACAGGAGUCAUACACUGGAUACAUCUCUAUCCUGGAAAACCAGCACGAUGGCUUCCGUGUCAUGCGCUGCGACCACAGUCUCCUCGGCGGUCAGUGGAUCAAGACAGCACCCGGCUACCACCCUGAGGUUGAGGACCCCAUCUAUGCUAUCUUUGCUAUGCUUGAAGCUGUCCGCUUAGUCGAGCCUGACCACGGUCACCCUCGUGUGGACGCAAACAGCAAGGCUUUGGUCAUCGGUCUUGGAAUUGGCACUACCCCGGCCGCUCUGAUGAAGCACGGCAUUGACACAACCAUUGUUGAAAUUGACCCUGUUGUGCACAAAUUUGCCGCCAAGUACUUCAACCUCCCGUCUAACCACAAUGUCGCUAUCGAGGACGCAACCAAGUUCGUCGAACGCUCCCUCAAGUCGACACCCGCUCCUCAGUACGACUUCAUCGUCCACGAUGUUUUCACUGGCGGUGCUGAGCCCGCGGAACUUUUCACCGUCGAAUUUCUGAAGGACCUGAGAUCACUGCUGAAGGAGGACGGUGCCAUCGCUAUUAACUACGCCGGUGACCUGGAACUCUACCCCACAGGCCUCAUUGUCCGCACCAUCCAAGCCGUCUUCUCCUCUUGCCGCAUUUUCCGCGAACAGCCAGCCGCCCAGGAUGACGCAAACCCGAACUUCACCAACAUGGUCCUUUUCUGCAAGAAGAGCUCCAGCAGCCCUCUUGAAUUCCGCGAUGCUGUGCCAUCGGAUUACCUGCGGAGCCGAUCGCGCCAGAGCUACCUUGUCCCGAAGCACGAGCUGAGCCCUGCUCUGUUUUCCACUAUUCCCAAGGGGGAAGAUCGGUUCUCAUUGCGAAGG